AGAUCCAAGGACGCCGCUGAGCAUUGUGGGAGCCGGGAAGUGUCAUGGCGGCGCUUUGCAGACAGUUUGUCUUGAGCUUGGCGGGAGCAGCUUGCAAGGCCUCGUCUUCUUCCAGAAUAAUCUUUGAUGAUUUGCAUAGGAAUGUUUGCAAAAUGAAAGUGCUCCUUCCCAGUACCUCCCUUCAUACUUCUUUGGCACGAAAUGGGCUGGAAGAAUUUUUUGAUGAUCCUAAAAACUGGGGAAAGAACGAAGUCAAAUCUGGGGAUUCCUGGACAAUGGAACAGCUUCGAGGAAAGAGCAGUGAAGAUUUGCACAAACUUUGGUAUGUCCUUCUAAAAGAGCGAAACAUGCUUUUAACAUUGGAACAAGAAGCAAUACGACAGAGGCUGCCAAUGCCAAGCCCAGAGCGAUUAGAAAAGGUAAAGGAUUCAAUGGACAGAAUGGAUCGUGUUAUUCAGGAAAGAGAAGAUGCUUUGCGGCUCCUACAGACAGGCCAGGAGAAUGAGAGACCAGGCGAAUGGAGACACGACUUUUUAGGCCGCCUUAUUUGGUACACUUUCAGAGAAUGGCCCAUGCCCUGGUACCUGAACACAAAGCACAAGAGGAAGCGAUUCUACUAUUUGCCAAACGUGAAACCUUUUAUCAGGCUCAGAUUGGAAAAAUAUCUGCGCCAAGAAGCCCGAAAGAAAAACUUGCAGAGAAAGACGGAGCAGCUCUUACUUAAAAAAUUCCCUCCUCAGGAAACACAGACUCAAAGUUAACAUGAGAUCGGAAGAGUUCAAUAUUUGAUAAAGCUGGCAGGAAUAAUACUAUCACACUGUCUGGGAAUGUGAUACAAGUUAUCUGGUAAUCAAUUGUAAAUAGUUACACGUGAUUUGGGAACUUCCUUCCAAAUAAUUUUAAUGAAAAUAAAGUUUUUUGGUCUUCUUGCUGAA